AUGGCGCGUAUCGUGUCUGGGGCUGUCCAACUCAAAGCAGGGCGUGUUAACUCUCUGACUUCAGCAAUGCCCUCUUCUUUACGAAACCUCCUCGGCGCCGUGGUCUUGCUAGUAGCAGCCGCGACAGUAACGCUUCCAGCGCAUGCCGCCUUUUCCACGGAGGAUCUGUCACACUAUACGUUCGACAUGUACCUGAAGGAUUUCAACAAGCGGUAUGAUGACCCCAACGAAUAUCGCAAACGGAGCGAGGUCUUUCAGAGUAGUCUCAGCAAGAUUGCUGCUUUCAACAAGAUCCCAGGUCGCUCAUAUCAGUUGGGUGUCAAUAAAUUCAGCGAUCUCACCAAUGAAGAGUUCAAGACGCGCUUCACUGGCCGAGUCACCACUCCGCGCCUCCACGGUUCUCUGCGCAGGAAAAUUUACAACCAUAAAGGAGCCGCUGUGCCAGAUGCGAUGACGUGGCAGGAUGCAAACCCCCCUGUUCUUACGCCUGUCAAGGACCAGGGUGGCUGUGGGUCGUGCUGGGCACAUGCAGCGACCGAAUCCGUGGAGAGCAUGUACGCUAUCGGCAGCAGCAAGUUGCUGACGCUAAGCACACAACAGAUCACGUCAUGUACAAACAAUUCUGACCACUGCGGCGGUGAGGGGGGCUGUUCUGGCGGUACGGCACAACUGGCGUGGGAGUACAUUCGUAACGCCAGUGGCAUCGCCCUAGAGGAGGACUACCCGUACGUCAGCGGAACCACCACGAAGACGGAAGAGUGUAUUAUGAACGCCUCAACACCAUCUGAGGUGAAGGUGUACGGCUACGUCUCCCUUCCACACAACGACUACAAUGCUGUGGUGGAGGCACUUGUUACGAAAGGACCACUUGCCGUGAGUGUUGACGCCAGUGAGUGGCAGUUUUACACCAGUGGUAUAUUUGAUAUAUGUGGCAAGAAUAACCAGAACAUCACCAUUAAUCAUGCGGUGCAGCUUGUCGGAUAUGGCACAAACGAAACGACAAAGCAAGACUUUUGGAUUGUGCGCAACUCCUGGGAUGAACGCUGGGGCGAGAACGGGUAUAUUCGUCUGCUUCGGAAGAAGACUGAUGACGUAUGUGUUCUGGACAACGGCUGGAACACCGAAGGUGGUGGAUGUGAAAACGACUCAGAGGUGAACAUUACGGCUUGCGGUAUGUGCGGCAUCCUGUACGACGUUUCUUACCCGCAAGUCUUUCAGGAGCCGGAGAAGGGCAAGCUUGUCUGGAUCGCGGGUGCCGCCUUUGGGGCUUUGGGUGUUCUCAUGAUCGGCUUGGUGGUUUACUCCAAGUGCUUUCGUGCCAAGAAGUCGACUGAUGUGAGCCUCCUUGAUGAGUCGGAGUCUCUCAACUGA